GGAAGCCCUCAGCUGGAAUGGUUUUUGACCGGUGGCUCUCCGGAAAGAAACUUCGUGAGUUAGAAAUCGUAGGUGUAUUCUGCCGAGAGAGGGGAGAUAGGUGACGGGAAUAUCCUUGCGUCUGAUUCAUCUAUUAGCCAUGGACUUCGUAUGCUUCCUACUUGCCCUCGCGGUACACUCGAUGAGCUGGCGCACGAGCUCCGCUUCACCGCUCCGGGACCGGGCAGCAGUGACGUUCAGGAUAACAGACUUGACUAAAUCGUGCAGCAACGAGAAUUGGAUCCGCAAACUCAACGUUCAUUCUGUUUGCGAGAACUGCAUGAUCAAUGUUACAGUCCAGCGCUGUGACUUCCCCGAAACGUCUGUUAGUCGGAUAUCCGAGUAUGGAAUACUCUGCGAUCUCAUUCCGAAUUCCUCCGAUCUCACCGACUUCGUUCUUGACUGCGGAACGAAAUUGAGCGAGACAUGCGAAGCUUCUUGCCUUCUGAGUUACCGUCAACGGAUACCAGCGUCUUCCGGAAGCACCUUCGAAACCGUGUCUCGGAUCGCCGUUGGAGUCACGGGCAUUAUGGUUUGCCUCUUCAUUCUGUACAUCUUGAACCGCAUUCGUCAAAAAUUACGAAGCCCUCAAGGGAGACAGCCUCUGUCUCAAGACGAUGUAUGAUAUUCGACGAAUGAGAGAGUGGAUAUUCGAGUCGUGAACAAUGAUGUAUCAUUGGGAGACUGUUCCUCAGUGAGAAAAA